CACAUGCAAUAUUACGCCAGUAUCCCGAUAAUCAUCCUAGCAUGAUAGUAAACAUGGGCAGCUUUGUUCUUGUUUGCUUCCCGUCGGUGGAGUCUGCUUCAAUGAUCAGCAUUCGAUGUUCACCUUGCAGGAAUCCCAUAUAGUUCCAGUUCUGUCAAUUCGUUUCGAGCCUCAUCAGUGAUUUACAGGUGCUUUAGCCUGGAGUGGCACUUUGAGUACCACCGGCUUUCUCAAACCACAGAGGUCCUGAAUCCGAUUUGAUAUUCUUUGGCCCCUUCCUCUGAUUUCGACUUCCAUCUAUGCAACACUCUGAAGAUCAAUCAUAGGUGUUCAGAUCCAUACGGUCACAAUGAGAUAUCUCAUCUCCCUCUUUCUGCUGUUUGGAGUCUUGUUCAGCGACGUUGCUGCACGUAGCUCGAAGAACAUUGGGACGAGGAAGAAGCUGCCGGAGCGACCGCAUCCUAAGCCCAUCAAGCCACGGACAGCCCCGCUGGCCCCCAGAGAGCCCUAUGUUGAACAGACGGACCGAGCGAGGAAGUACAAAGUCAACGGAAAGGAGAUUCCCGAUGUCCCCUUCGACAUAGGAGAGUCUUACGCUGGACUGAUGCCAAUCUCCGAGUCUAAGAAUGCGAGCCAGCUCUACUUCUGGUACUUCCCAACCGACAAUCCCGUCGGGAAAGAUGAUGUCACGAUUUGGCUGAACGGCGGACCGGGCUGCAGCUCCCUCGAAGGUCUGCUCCAAGAGUCCGGCCACUUUCUCUGGCAAUGGGGCACCGCCGGCGUGUCCUACAAUCCGUGGGCGUUCAAGAAUCUGACUAACAUCGUCUUUGUGGAGCAACCCGUCGGCACUGGCUUCUCUCAGGGUACGCCCACUGCCACCUCAGAGGAAGAAGUUGCGGAACAGUUCCUUGGAUUCUGGAAGAACUUCAUGGACACGUUCAAGCUCCAUAACAAGCAUAUCUACGUCGUGGGAGAAUCGUAUGCUGGAUACUAUGUUCCGUAUAUCGCGGAUGCCAUGCUCAACGAAACGAAUGAGAAGUACUUCGAUGUCCAAGGCAUUACGAUCUACGAUCCCGUCAUUGGAGAUGACGUUUUUGCAACUCAGAUUCCUGCCGUACCAUUCGUUGAUCAUUGGCCCCACUUGUUCAGCUUAAACGAGACUUUCAUGGCCGACAUUCAUGCUCGCGCAGAGUCCUGCGGCUAUACCGAUUACUUCAACAAGUACUUUACCUUCCCACCCGUCGGAAAGAUGGAUCUUCCGCCCCAAACCGGCAACGAUCCCGGUUGCGACCUCUGGGGUGACAUCUACACCGCGGUCUCUCUGAUCAACCCCUGUUUUAGCGUCUAUGAAAUCUCAACGACGUGCCCCGUCCUAUGGGAUGUUCUCGGCUUCCCUGGCAGCUUCGCGUACACCCCCCCAGGCACGGAGAUUUUCUUCAAUCGGGAAGAGGUCCAAAAAGCCAUCAACGCGCCCAUCGGCCUAUGGGAAGAAUGUUCAGACGGUGUGCUCGACAUCGACACCUCGGACCCCAGCGGCAUCAGCGUCCUGCCCCGGGUGAUCGAAAAGACCAACCGCACCAUGAUCGUCCACGGGAACCUCGACUAUGUCCUGCUCACGAACGGCACGUUGAUGACCAUCCAAAACAUGACCUGGAACGGCGUCCAGGGUUUCACCAAGCGUCCGUCGGACCCCGUCUACGUUCCGGACACGUACUGGAAUCAGAAUUACGACUAUGUCCCUGGGUUGGCUUCGACGGGGACGGUGGGGAACACGAGGACGGAGCGAGGGUUGACUUGGGUAGAGAUAUCCUUGAGUGGCCACAUGAUUCCGCAGUUCGCUCCAAGUGCCGCGUAUCGAAUGAUGGAAUACAUGCUCGGUCGUAUCGACAGCCUGGGUGUGCCCUCGAACGCCACCGUGGAGAGACGCUAGCUUCAAUAGACAUCGGUCCAAUCCGUGUUCCGAGUGAAUAGUUCACUAAUGAAGAGAACGCUCUAAUGUUGU